AGGCAAAGGCCCUCUCCGCCCACACAAGUCGCCAGAGCACUCUCCCCGACCUCGCCGUCCACUCCUCUCCCCGCAGCCGCGCCGUCCGCCCCGACAGGACAGGAGAGCACCAAGGAUGCCGGCGACGCCGACGAUCAUCGGCGCCCUCCUGGGGCUGAGCACCCAGAUGUACUCCAACGCCCUCCGCAAGCUCCCCUACAUGCGCCACCCCUGGGAGCAUGUGUUGGGGAUGGGUCUCGGUGCGGUGUUUGUGAACCAGCUGGUAAAGUUUGAUGACAAAGUCAAGGAGGACCUUGACAAGAUGCUUGAGCGCGCCAGGGAAGCCAACGAGCGGCGCUACAUUGAUGAUGAUGAAUAGCUGUUCAAAUUUGCUUGCCAGCAACCUGUAUUUUUGCAACUUUGUUGUCGGUACACAUGGUCUGGACUGCGGACCCCCAUCCUCUUAGUCGUUGUCUCAGCUUCCACAUUUCAGCUGUGGGCCUGUAAUAAAAUGUUGUUUCACAAUGGAUCCGAUGGUUUGCUUCUGUAAGAAAUGCCAAUCAUGGCCUCUGAAUCUGACGGCUUACCUUCUCUGUUGCAAAAUUAUUCAGUUAUAAUGAUAGUGUUUUUGCAUAGUCAACUUUGCUCUUCCA